AAUCGUGUCGUGUUGGUGUUCAUAAAAUGCAUAAAAUUAACAAUUCCAAUUUUUCCGAUUAUCUUUUAACCAAAUGAAACUGAUCCAUGACCAAUAGUAAUCUAUUAGUACUUACCUACAUCAGAAGAGCACCAUAGAAAUAACUUAGAAAUUGGGAAAUGAUUACAUCUAAUAUGGACUACGAUUAUCUUAUCAAACUUCUGUGUGUCGGCGAUUCCGGUGUCGGAAAAACGAGCUUUUUAUACAAGUAUACUGAUGGUGUCUUUCACACUCAAUUCAUUUCAACUGUGGGCAUCGACUUUAGAGAAAAGACUGUUAUAUACCACCAAAAUACAAGACAGCAUCGUAUACAUCUACAGUUAUGGGAUACUGCUGGUCAAGAGAGGUUCAGGAGCUUAACAACAGCUUUUUAUAGAGAUGCGAUGGGCUUCUUACUGCUUUUUGAUUUAACAAAUGAGGCUUCAUUCUUGGAGGUUCGCAAUUGGAUAGAACAAUUAAAGACACACAGUCUCAGUGAUGACCCAGACAUAGUGCUGUGCGGUCAUAAAUGUGAUCUACAAGAAAAACGAUUGGUGAACCAAAAUCGUGCCCGAGAAUUUGCAAAGAACUACAACUUAUCUUAUGUGGAAACAAGCGCCAAAACAGGAGAGAACAUUAACCGUGCUAUUGAAAUCUUACUUGAUAAGAUUAUGUACAGAAUGGAAACUUGUGUAGAAUAUGCAAUGCUGUGUGCUUCGGGCCGGAGGCGACAAUCCUUGCAGAGACUUCAAGCAAAGCAAGACAGAAAACUGUGCUACUGCUAGAACAGUACAAACUGUGAUUUUGAUACAUUCCGUGUUGAAACUGUGGGGUGACCUGGAAUAUUUUUAAGGGCCCUUUUUACUAGUAGGUAUCUUAUUUUUUGUAUAGAAAACAGUUUAAUUUUUGUUUACGUAGCAAGACCAAUUUUAAAGGCCGAAU